AUGGCUGAGGGCGGCCGGGCUGGGGUCCUGGCUGGGGGGGGGCCGGGGGCCGCCCCUGACAGCACCCAGGAUACGGCCGGUUCCGCGGGGGCUACGGGGAGUGAGGGGCUGGUGGCCGCCCUCAGCUCGGGCAACGUGGAGGACCUGUACGAGCUGCUGGAGAUGCUGGGCAGCGGGCACUUCGGCGUGGUAAAGCGGUGCCGGGAGCGCAGCACCAGCACCUUCUACGCCGCCAAAUUCGUGAAGAUGCGGCGAUGCCGGGGCAGCCGCCUGGGACUGGAGCGGGCGCAGGUGGAACGGGAGGUCGCCAUCCUCCGCCAGCUCGACCAUCCCAACAUCAUGCGGCUCCACGACCUCUUCGCCAGCAGAGCCGAGAUGGUGCUCAUCCUGGAGCUGAUUGGCGGCGGGGAGCUCUUUGACUUCAUCGCGGAGAAGGAGAUGCUGUCGGAGGAGGAGGCCAUUGAGUUCCUGGGACAGAUCCUGCGCGGGGUGGAGUACCUGCAUGCCCGCCGCAUCGCCCACUUCGACCUCAAGCCCGAGAACAUCAUGCUGCAGGAGAAAGACGUCCCCAAGCCCCGGAUCAAGAUCAUCGACUUCGGGCUGGCUCAGCGCCUGGAGGACGGCGUCACCUUCAAGAGCCUCUGUGGGACCCCGCAGUACAUCGCUCCCGAAGUGAUCAACUAUGAGCCGCUGAGCUCCGCGACCGACAUGUGGAGCAUUGGGGUCAUCACCUACAUCAUGCUCAGCGGCUUGUCGCCCUUCCAGGGUGAGACGGACGCCGAGACCCUCUCCAACGUUGUGGCCGGUGCCUACGAGUUCGAGGAGCGUUGCUUCAGCCAGACCUCCGAGAUGGCCAAGGACUUCAUCCGGCAGCUGCUAGUGAAGGAGCCAGGGCACCGCAUGACGGCGGCCGAGUGCCUGGUCCAUCCCUGGAUCAAGCCCCUGAGCCGGAAGCAGGCGGCAAACCGGAGCCGUUCCUCCAUCAACAUGAAAAACUUCCGCAAGUUCAACGCUCGGAGGAAGUGGAAGCUCUCCUACAACAUGGUGUCCGCCUGCAACCGGCUCUGCCGCACGCGGCUGCUCUGCGGCCUGAGGAAGGAGGAUGAGGAGCUGCGCCACUGCGAGAGCGACCAGGAGGAGGAGGGCAGCCACGCCGUCACACUGCUGCGCCGGCGGAGAAGCAGCUGCUCCUGAGCCCCCCCCCACCCCGAAAGGAGACGGGACCCCCCGAGAGGGGCCAUCCCAUGAGAGGAGCCCUGGGGGUCCCCCCAUCUCCCCAUCCCAGGGGGCAAGGAGCACUGUCCAGCCCCAGUGCUCCCAGUUCCAUGGUGCUGGAGGGUCACCGGGGCAG